AUGGGCGAGCAGCUCCACGACGUCGGACGUUGUGGUGACUUUGGUGACUCGGACCUUCACGAAUCUCAUGACCUGGCAGCGGAGGCGGACAGUUGUCACUGGCGACUAAGAAAACUGUCACCGAGCUUGCUCGGCGACUUGAGCGACUCGAGCAGUCAAACGUGGCGCCACGGCGAGGGAACGCGAUCUUGA